CAGGGGCUAAGAAGAUGAAUUACACAGGUGGCCCAGUAAAAACAUCUGUGAAUGGCCUGGAGGGUGAACCAGAUUUACUGAAGAGUUGACACAAUUUGAAAAACAAAUUAAUUUAUAAAACUCAAAGAGUAUUCUUGUCUAAUUUGAGAAGGGGGAAACUGGCCAAAUGCUGAGGAGAACUGAUUCCCUCUGUCCAGUUUGAACCAUAGUCCUUUAGCAUUAGAAAGAAUUUUUUCAGAUCAAUAUUUUGCUACUGGGAUAUGUGCCAUAGUGCAACUGGUAGCACAUGAGACUUUUACUCUCAGGCCUGUGAAUUUGAUGCCCCCCAACACCAUCACCAUUAGGAUAUGCCUCUCUUUUAUUUUUUUAAGCAGUUAUGAACUCCCACAAAGGAAUGGAAUUGGAAUUUUUUUAAUUCCACAUAGCACAGGGCUGUUUCUUAUCUAUUUUGCUGUGGAUUAUUCUUGGGGAAGAUGGAGAAAUCCCCUAAAAAAAUCUUUGUCUGUGUUUAGACUGCCCCAAUCCCAAACUAACCCUUUUUGCCUCGGAGAAAAAGAAAAGCACUGCCCUCGCUGAGCGUGAUGUAACCUCCUGGGCUCUGUCAGUAAUGCUGAAAGUUGUGCCACUCUGUGCACGUAUUCCCACCUCUCUCCAGAAUUGUGGCAUCAGAAGCGGAAAUUUGCCAUCUUCUGAAAAUGCUUGUUUUGAUUCCUGUCAGUGGGGAUUGUUUCAGGUUAAUCUCGGACGGGGCUGAUUGUUUCUUUACAUCCUGAGAUCAGAGCACAAAUGUCCCACACCUCUCUGCUGCACAGGAGCUGGCCUUCUGUUCAUGUGGGAAUGUUCCCUUCUUCCUCCAAGACAGUGCUUUGUGCUCAUGCCUAGCGGUGACUCAGCACUUUAUGAAAUAGACCUAAAAUGUCCCUCUACAUAAACAUUGCUCUGUUGAGCUUUAGCCCAGAGCUAGGGCCACCUCCCCUGGGUCUCAAGUUAGUGAAUCUCAGGGAGGGUCAGACACAAUCAGAUGCUGGGCUCUUCCACACACCUCACUCUGUUGACAUCCCUGUGUUGGUGUCACUAGGUAGAAAUCUCCUUGCUUAAGGCCUAUGUGAACCAAAGUACCUCCAUAUUAGAAGCUUUUGUGUUAGCCUCACUAAACUGAUGUAAUCUUUUGUACUAAAAUGCUGACUUCUGUACUAAUGAGUGCUGACUGUAACCACCUGUGUUAUAAGCUAACUGCUAAAACAAUAGGGCUGUAGUUAGCAGGGCCGGUUACUACUAGACACUGCUCAUACUAGAUAAGAUAAAUGAAAAGCAGAUGUGAUGGCCAAGGCCAUGUGCCUGAGAAAGUAGCCCACACAAUGAACAGCAUAGAAAAAAGGAUAUAAGGGGGGGGUAUAAAUAUUAGUGCCCCGUCUGUGUGCGAUGUGCAGGAUUUGAGAUUGUUUCUUCCUUGCACCUUAUUUGAGCUCAAAUAAACUUGGCUGUUUGCUUCUCCACCCUGGUGUGUUCAUUGGCGCUAAGCACUCUGGGCAACGAACCGCUGUUGCUUGCCUCUGGCACUUCUGCGUCAGCAACACCUGCAUCCUGAGCUGGAGCUCCUGGCUAUUGCAGCUCACUCUGCUACUUCAGUUGGGAGAACAAAACCUGCCAAAAAGUCAGAGUUUUUUCCUUACUGAGGCAAAAAUAAGAUGACAGCAAAUUUUUAUGGCUGAUCAAAGACAGUUCAGUGAUUUUUUUAAAAUUUUGUUUCUAAAAAAUCACUGUUUCCUCUAAAUAACAGCAUCAAGAGACAUAAACAUCCCUGUUUCAGAUACUAUAUCCCAGUCUCUACACUCUAGCCUGUCACUGGUAACAUCCCCCACACUGGGGAAACUGGCCAGAGUUUUGCCCUCUUUUGUACAAUUUUAGUCACGCACAUUUCCCCAAAGAUAAAUCUCACAGCACAAACCAGAAAAGACCUCAUCACAGCAGAGUCUGAGAAUAACCCGGCCCUGGACCUGUGUUUGCUAAAGUGUCAGACGUGCAAAAAUCAGUGAUCUUGGGAGAUGUGGCAAGAGGGAAAGUGGUGCUCACAAAUCAUUGUCAGAUGUCAUCUUUUGGCUGAUAGGCUGGACACCCUGCCUCAUCCGGCACACAAAGAGGAUGAAGUUCAGGCUGUUCAUACAACCCAGCUUUUCCCAACCCUGAGUACUCAACUUUGGAACAUAAAUAACAUUCUUUUAAUGUGUUUUUUUUGCUGCCUGGAGAGCCGGACGUUCCUACAGGACCUACAAGUGAGUGACAGGGUUUGUUCCUGAGCUGGAAUUGCAGUGGUUCCAAGGAUAGACAAUGGCUGCUGAGCUGAGUGCAAGUGCAGCUUUGGGUUUCCAGCUCCAAGCGCCACUACAGCAGCCCCCAAUGAAAAUGGAGGAGCAGAACCCAGUCAGCCCCAAGCCAGGGGAGAGAGCAGAAGGGGCAGAAAAAGCCCUUUGUGUCAUCCAGGCUGGUACCAUUGGGGGGCUACUGAAAUGGGCAGCACCACGAUGGGUCAAGCAGGAGCCACAGGAAGAGCCAGCCACCCUCCAUGGGGAUGACACUCACAUAGAGACGCGGCGUCGGCGCUUCAGGCAGUUCCACUACCAGGAAGCCAAGGGGCCCCAGGAAGCUUGCAGCCACCUUCAGGAGCUCUGCCAUGGCUGGCUGGAGCCGCAGAGCCGCACCAAGGAGCAGAUCCUGGAGCUACUGAUCCUGGAGCAGUUCCUGACCAUCCUGCCGGAGGAAAUGCAGAGCUUGGUCUGGGAACGUGGCCCUGAAACCUGUGCCCAGGCGGUGGCCCUGGCUGAGGGGUUCCAGCUGAGGCAGCCAGAGUUUGAGGGGCGAGGGCUACAGGUCAUGGUGCGUGUAAAGGUUGAGGAAGUGGCCUCAGAAGAAAAGGCGUCCCCUGGGGAACUAUGGGAAUCUGCUGGCUCCAGACUAGAGCAGCCACAGCCCCAUCCCGGGUGUGCAGCCCAGGACGGGGUAUGGAAUGAAGCUUCAGGAUCCCUGUACAAGCUGCUUCAUGUCCCCAAAGACGAGCAUCAGCCCCUCCAGGGAAUAGCUGAUGGCAAGGCCAGUAGUGACAACAAAGGGGAAACAUGUCACCCAGGAGAGCAACCAAACCACAACACAAACAAUAGGCAGCAUCCCCCUGGGGAACACAACCCGGCAGAACAAGCUCAUAAGCGCACCAAGAGUGGGAAGGGCAUCAGUGUCGGCUCUGCACCUAUGACAUCCCAAAGAGUCCACAGGAGCAAGAAACGCUGGACCUGUGAUGAGUGUGGGAAAAGACUUGGUGACAGCUCAGCUCUCACAAAACACCGGAGGAUGCAUGCCGGCCAGAAACCCUUCGUCUGCACUGCCUGUGGUAGGAGCUUCAGCCAGAGCUCGGUCCUCAUGACGCAUCAGAGAACUCACACCGGGGAGAGACCUUACAUCUGCACCGAGUGUGGGCGAUGCUUCAGUGACAGCUCCAACCUCACUCGGCACCAGAGAACCCACAUGGGCCAGAGACCCUAUAUCUGCACCGGCUGCGGGAGACGCUUCAGCCAGAGCUCACAUCUCACGAGACAUCAGAGGACCCACAUGUCUCAGAACCAUGGGCACAGCUGCACAGCAGGUCCUGAGCAGCUGCUGCCCCAGAGCAGCCCCAUGGCAGGGGGCCUUGUGGCCUAGCAUGUGUCAGGUAUCUGGGCCUCUGCCUUGGUCACACACAUAGAGAAUGGGAAAGAGUUGGGGAGAAGUGUAGGGAGCACUUUCCUGGGGUGACUGAAUGCUGCGAGGAGGGAUUGUGAUGGGUGUUCACAGUGAGAAGCGGAUAUGGUCUUAUGUACUAAGAGGUUGGGGUGGGGGUGAGCUGGGAAUCAGAACUCCUGGGUUCUGUUCCUAGCUCCAGGAAAAGUGUGACAUCUAGAGUUGGAGCAGGACUGUCAGUUGGGAGAUCCUGAGGUCUGUUCUUGAGGCUACAGAUAUGUUUUCUCCCCAGGCCCACACCCUCUGUUUGUAAAAGGCUUUUGGCUCCAUGCAUGGAAACACUGUUAAGUAAUGAAAAGUAAACAGGGGCUCAAGGACAGGGAUGCAUUUGCAGCCAAUAAGUGGCUGGAUACAGAAAUGAUGACUCAAGAUGGGAGGAGAAGUGCCUGAGAUCAACAGAGAAUCAAAGUCCAUUUCUAAUUGAGCACCCCAUGGGUUUGGGGACCCAGCAGGGCAGAAGGGUUCAACAUCCCACAGCUCUCUCCAUCUCACCCGCGGGUGCUGAGCAGCUAGAUCUAAAGGAACAUUCCUGGGCUGUAAAUAUAGACUCCCAGGCCCUGAACUCCUCUGUGUCUUGCACUUGGCCCUGCAGGCUCCUUUCUGCUUGUUUGGGCUUUAGGGGUAGCAGUAUCAUGUGUUUUCUUUUUGCCUGGCUGCUGGGAACCUGCCUUGGAAUCCUGAAUUCUCUGUAAACAAGGCCCCAAAUCAGGGGUUCAUUCUAUUCCAGACACUCUCUUUGCAGGUGUUUGUGCUUCGCCUGCUGGGAGGGAGCAGCCAGAGCAGUGAAAAUGCAAAUACUGCUUUAGCUGUAGUAGGAGCAUCCUUGUCUCUUCUAAAGCUUCUUCCCCAGCUCUCAGCCUGGAGCUCCCCACAGUUUUACAUUGCAUCUGUCCCAUUUCUGUCCUCACUUGGGACUCUGCUACCCUGCAGCUCCCAGGCCAUAUCCAAACUACACUUGCACAGUAACAUAGUAGACAUUUCCAACAUCGACAGAAUAGAUUUUUCCAUCAAUGUUUUUCCACCUCUCCGAGUGGCAGUAGCUAGUGUGGUGGAAGAAUUGGUCUAACACUGGAGGUUAGAUUAACCUAACUACGUCACACAAGGCACAGUUUUUUUUCCAUGGCUUUAAUGAUGUAUCUAGGUCAAAUUUUUUAGGUGUAGAUCAGAUCUUAGUCCUGAGGACCCAUUACAGCUUGGCUUUGUCCUGGUAAUUGUUAAAUGCUGCACUGUAGCCUAGUCCUAACCGUAUCCAUGUAACAGGGUUACAAUCUCGGCCCAGCCAAGGUCACAAGGACAUGGCUCUGCUCUGCACUGGAACAUUGACCCAUGCUGUAACCAGGUUCUUAUGAAAGUGUUCAUGGGCCUGGGAUAUGUGCAUAGUGAGGGGGAAAUGCUGAGAUUGCUAGCUGUGCUGCCUUGGAGAAAUGAGACUCUGAAGCUCUGAGAGCAAAGGGCCAAUGUGUCAUACUCUCCACACAGGGCCAGAGCAAAGAUCCUGAUGUGCUGCAGCCAAAGGUCCCCACAGGGAAGCUGCAGUGGCCAACAACAAAUCAUGGGGGGGAAAGAAACGAAAAGACAAGGCAGAGCCAGGGACACAGCAACUGGCUAUGGGAUGGAGGCAGUUGGAGCCAAUAAGCCUGGGGCCAACAUAAGAAUGGCCAAACUGGGUCAUACCAGAGGUUCAUCUCCCCCAGUAUCUUGUCUUCCAACAGUGGCUAAUGCCAGGUGCUUCAGAGGGAAUGAACAGACAGAUAAUCAAGUAAUCAUUUCCUAUAGCCCUUUUCCAGCUUCUGGCAAACAGGCUACAGACACCAUCCUUGCCCAAUAGCCAUUGAUGGACCUGUCCUUCAUGAAUUUAUAAAGUUAUUUUUUGAACCCUGUUAUAGUCUCAGCAUUCACAACAUCCUCUGGCAAAGGGUUUCACAAGUUGACUAUGCGUUGUGUGAAGAAAUACUGACUUUUUGUUUGUUUGAAACCUGCUGCCUAUGAAUUUAAUUUGGUGAUCCCUAGUUCUUGUGUUAUAAGGAGUAAAUAACACAUUCUUAUUUACUUUCUCCACACCAGUCAUGAUUUUAUAGACUUCUAUCAUAUCCCCCCCUUAGUUGUCUCUUCUUGGUUGAAACGUCCCAGUCUUAUUAACUUUUCCUCCUAUGAAAGCUGUUUCAUACCCCUAAACGUUAUGCUGACCUUUUCUGUACUUCUUCCAAUUCCAAUAUAUCUUUUGGAGAUGGGGCUACCAGAGAGAGAGAGACAUCAUGAAGAAUCCCCUAGCUACCACCUGAGCUGGAACAAGAGCUGUACCAGGGAAAAGAAUUGUGCCCAGGCCUGGAAGGUGUCCAGUCUGAAGAAAAAACUUACUGAAGCAUCUCUGAGGGUGAGAUUAUCUGUAUUCAAUUUGAUUAGACAUAGAUUUGCACAUUUUAUUUUAUUUUUUUGGAUGACUUACUUUGUUCUGUCUGUUACUACUUGAAACCACUUAAAUCCUACUUUCUAUAUUUAAUAAAAUCACUUUUUACUCAUGAAUUAACUCAGAGUAUGUAUUAAUACUGGGAGAGCAAACA